AUGAAGAAUCAAGUGCGCCAACCAAGAGAAAAUCAAAAUAAAGACAUUAAUGACUUAUCAUUUGCCUCAGAUGUUGCCUCUCUUAGUUCUAAAUCUCAAUUGAAAUCUCCAAAAACGCCUACUGAUACGAAUUCCCAAAAUCCAGAGACAAAUAAUAAUUCUGACGAUAAGAUCAAAGUAUAUCUUAGAGUUAGACCACCACUUCAGGAUGAGGAAUCAUUUGAUUUUUCGAUUGAAGGAAAAACAAUCAUUAUCCCACCACAAAAGACUGCGAACUCCUCAUUUUUCAUUGAUAACAAGACAUUUACAUUUAGAAGUAUACUUGGAGCUCACUGCAAGCAAUCUCAAGUCUAUCAAAAAGUUGCAGAGCCCCUCAUCAAAGAUUUUUUGGCCGGAAAUGAUGUAUUAAUUUUCUGCUACGGCAACACCAAUGCAGGAAAGACAUAUACAGUAAUGGGAACAGAUGAAAAUCCAGGCAUUCUCCCAAGAUUGCUCGAAAGAGUAGUUCCAGAAAUUCUCUCACAAGCUACUCAGACAACACAACUUUUCGCAACCUUUAACGAAAUAUAUAAUGAAAGAAUUAUCGAUUUGCUUAACGUUGACAAAAUGAAAGACACUUUAACUAUUGGUAUCAAUAAUCUUGGAGAUACUGAAAUCAAAGGAUGCACGGAGUUUGCUAUCAAAUCAAUGGAAGAUGCAACUAAAGUCAUUGAACUAGGUCUUGAAGGCCGCCAUAGAGGAUGCACAGAAUUUAAUGAAGAUAGCUCAAGGUCUCACACUGUUUUCAGGCUUAAGCUUGUAAAUGGUAAGAAUUAUUCAUGGUUUUCCGUUGUAGAUCUCGCAGGAUCUGAAAGAGUCUCCGUAAUUAACUCCGAGCAAGGUUCAUUCAGAGAAGCAUGCAAUAUUAACAAAUCGAUGCUUGUCCUCGGAAAAUGUAUUCGUAGUUUACGUGAACAAAGUACUCCUGGAUCUCAAAAGAUUCCAAUACCAUAUCGUGAAUCGAAACUCACACACAUUUUUAAGAAUUUGUUCGAACCAACUAAACGUCAAGCACGUGCAGCCAUGAUCAUUAACAUUUCUCCAUGUAUACAACAAAUUAAUGACACACUUUUUGCCUUACAAUUUGCUGCAAAAGCUUCUGAAUGUUCAAUUCGCCAAGUUUCAAUUGAUGCAAAUUCUGCAAACGGAGGCAGUCCAACCGGAAUUAACCUUCUCAUGGAUGAUCAUAUAGAUCCAGACAGCCCUGAAUAUAUUGAGAGAUCAAUGAGAGUUCAAGUUCAAAAAGAAAUGGAAGAAUAUUUGUUAAAAGCUCAAAUGCAGUAUGAACACCAGCUUCAAUUGAUGACGCAAAAGACAUGUGAAGUUGCUAAAGUUAGAACCGAAUCACAAUGCAGUUUUAGAACUGUUGAUGUUGAGCUUGAAAGACUUAAGGGCAUCUUAGAUGAAACAAACAACGAAAAUAAUAACUUAUUGAUGGAAAUAGACAAUUUAGAAAAAGAAGAAAAAGAGUCAAUGAAAAGAGCUGAUUCAGCUAAUGAAGAAUCAAAGAGAAUACUCAAUGAAGUUAAUCUUUUGAAGAAGACUCUUGAAAUGAUGGCAAAUGAUAGCGAUCAGUGCGACAAAAAGUCUAAACCAUCAAAAGAUAAGAUGCCAAAUGCUUUUGAGGAGAUUUAUAAGCUCCCAGAGCAAAUAAUGAUCUAA